AUGCCAAGCGAGUACCACUGUGCGAAACUGAGAAGCGAUUACACAAGACCCUCCCUGCAAUGGUACACCCGAGCUCAGAACAAGAUGCGAAGACCCAACAUGUUGUUAAAAGACAUUUUCAAGUGUAUACUUCUUGUGUUUGGAGUGUGGAUCCUUUAUAUCCUCAAGAUAAAUUAUAUUAAUGAAGAAUGUGAUAUGAAAAAAGUGCAUUAUGUGGAUCCUGACCGCGUCAAGAGAGCUCAGAAAUACGCGCAGCAAGUCUUGCAGAGGGAGUGCAGGCCCGGGUUUGCCAGGAAGGCCAUGGCGCGGCUGUUUGAGCGCAGGUACAGCACGGACCUGCCGCCCUUCGUGAAGAAGGGCCCCCAGGCGAGCGAGGCCGAGUACAAGUACGACCCUCCCUUCGGGUUCCGGCAGUUCUCCGGGAAGGUGCAGAGCCUCCUCGACCUCUUGCCCGAGCACGACCUUCCUGAGCACUUGAAAGCAAAGAGCUGUAGGCGCUGCGUGGUCAUCGGAAGCGGCGGGAUACUCCACGGACUAGAGCUGGGCCCGGCCCUGAACCAGUUCGACGUGGUGAUAAGGUUAAACAGCGCGCCAGUUGAGGGAUACUCAGAGCACGUUGGAAAUAAAACAACUAUAAGGAUGACUUACCCAGAGGGCGCCCCGCUGUCUGACUUGGAAUAUUAUUCCACUGACUUGUUUGUCGCUGUUUUAUUUAAGAGUGUGGACUUCAACUGGCUCCACGCGAUGGUGCAGAACGAAACCCUGCCAUUUUGGGUACGACUCUUCUUUUGGAAGCAGGUGGCAGAAAAAAUCCCAUUACAGCCAAAACAUUUCAGGAUUUUGAAUCCAGUUAUUAUCAAAGAGACUGCCUUUGACAUCCUUCAGUAUUCAGAGCCGCAGUCCAGGUUCUGGGGCCGAGAUAAGAACGUCCCCACGGUCGGUGUCAUUGCCGUUGUCCUGGCCACACACCUGUGUGACGAAGUCAGCUUGGCCGGCUUUGGCUAUGACCUCAGCCAACCCAGAACACCUCUGCAUUACUUCGACAGCCUCUGCAUGGGGGCCAUGAACUUCCAGACCAUGCACAACGUGACCACGGAGACCAGGCUGCUGCUGCGGCUGGCCAAGGCGGGCGUGGUGAAGGACCUCAGCGGGGGCAUCCACUGCGAAUUCUGA